CCAUAUAGCAUAUUUAAUUUUCAAGAGCUGACAUAAAAUUUGUCAAAUCCAUGAGGCCAAAAGGAAGACCGCGUAAAUGGCGCUGUGAAAGUAGUGAAAUGGCGUCGAGUCAAGGAGCGCUUCCCCCUCUUUCCCCUGACUUCUCUUUUAAAUAAGCCCUCAGCUUCGUCUUCACCAUCUCUCUCUCUCUCUAUCAGUUGAUUGAGAAUGGGGAGAGCUCCUUGCUGCGACAAAGCCAACGUGAAGAGAGGUCCAUGGUCUCCAGAGGAGGACACAGCCCUAAGAAGCUACAUCCAUGAUCAUGGCUUCGGAGGCAACUGGAUUGCUCUGCCACAAAAAGCUGGCCUAAAGCGUUGUGGAAAGAGCUGUCGCCUGAGAUGGCUUAAUUAUCUUAGACCAGACAUCAAGCAUGGAAGCUUCACCAAGGAAGAAGACGACAUGAUUUUCUCUCUAUACAACAAGAUAGGAAGCAGGUGGUCUGUGAUUGCUUCAAAGCUUCCUGGUAGAACAGACAAUGAUGUGAAAAAUCACUGGAACACCAAGUUGAAGAAGAGGGGGAUGGAAGGAAAAGGAAGUCUUUCUGAAAGUUAUUAUAGAACUUCAACUCCAUUGCUUCCAUCACAGCCCCUCAUUCCAAGUCCUUAUGUUUCAUCUUCUACAAGUUGUGUUUUAACUCCAGCUACGGUUUAUCAAGAAUUUCUGAGCUCUGAUGAGAGCUUGGAUGCAUCUCUGCAACAAGAAGAUCACAGAGGUGGAUCUGAAUAUGGAUUUUUGUGGGAAUUAGACUUCGGAUCCAUUGCUGAUCUUCUCAGUAGUUCUGGUUCUGAUGGCACACUUUCUUCCAUUUGGACCAAUGAUUCUGGUGAGGGUAAGCUUGGGGAGCUGCCUCAAAGCGUCUCCUACUUCUGACAGCAAAAGUAUUUAGCUGCUGAAUUUGAUGUCAAUGCAAUUUUUAGAUUUAUACCUGUAAAUCAACAUUGAAAUGAGUAUUUUUAAAUUUUAACUCCGUUUGUGUUGAUGCUUAUUCUUGCUAUAAUAAAAUCGUUGGCCCUGAAU